UCUUUGUGAGGGUUUUCGGUUUUUAUUCCAAACCCUAAAAUCCUAAGCAAACGUUCUCUGAUUUCCUCUUUUAUUCUUUCUUUUCGGUUUCUCGGCAGCCAAUCAGUACGACUCAGUUAUCUACAGGUUCUCAGGUCUUUGCUUCCCUUCCUGUUUUUAGAGAGAUGGGGGCAAAGGCAAAGAAAGUGCUGAAGAAGAACUUACAGAAAGCUUCUGCGUCUAAAUUAUCUAAAGGAAAAGAUACAGCUGAUUUCUUGCCCUUAGAAGGUGGAGCUGGACGCAAGAUACCAGAACAAAAGGAGCAGAAAAAUACUGCUACUGUUUUGUAUAUUGGUCGGAUUCCACAUGGUUUCUAUGAGAAAGAAAUGCAAGCUUAUUUUUCCCAAUUUGGCACAAUCAAGAGAUUGAGAAUUGCAAGAAAUAAAAAGACCGGAAAGUCAAAGCAUUACGGAUUCAUCGAAUUUCAGGAUCCUGAGGUGGCAGAAGUUGUUGCUGAUUGUAUGCAUAAUUAUUUGUUGUUUGAGCAUCUUCUGCAAGUCCAUCUUAUCCCUUCAGAGCAUGUUCAUCCACAAUUGUGGAAAGGUUUUAAUUAUCGGUACAAACCAUUGGCCCGAGUUCAAAUUGAACAGAAAAGGCAGAACAAGGAUAGAACACUUGAUGAGCACAAGAAGUUGGUAGAGAAGAUUAUGAAGCGAGAUCAGAAGCGGAAAAAGAGGAUAGAGGCUGCUGGUCUUGAUUACGAGUGCCCACAAAUUGUGGGUGAUAUGCAGCCUGCUCCUAAAAGGAUCAAAUUUGAUCAAGAUUAAGCAUCUGGAGCUUUCCCAGAUAAUAUUCAUGGGUAAUUAACAAGAAAUAGAGAAGACUUCAUGGAGAGUAUGUUGCCGAUCCAGGAGAUUCAGAAUUUAGAAAAUCAAAAUACUUUUGCGAAGCUUAUGUUAGUGACAUUUUGUUCAAUUUUGCAAGGGUUUCUACUAGUAUAAAUGUAUAAUGCUCCUCAGUUUGGUUUUUGGCUUUACCUUUAGAUGUAAUGGCUUCUACAACUUUGCCAAAGAAACAAAAUCAACUAGCAAUUUUGAUUAUGCCUUGGAAGGGUUACUUCUUCCAUUUAUGUAAAAUUUAUGAUACAGUAAUUUUUAAUAGCUAAUUAACAUUUCUACUAUA